AAAAAUUUUAUUUACUAGGACACAAUGAAAAAAAGAGCCAGUAUUAACUUGCCAGAACAAACGGAGAUGCGGAGAGCCAAAACCAUCAUGGCAGCUGUCCAUUUAGAGCUUUUGGACACAAUGAAAAAAAGAGCCAGUAUUAAAUUGCGAGAACAAACGGAGAUGCGGAGGGCCAAAAUCAUCAUGGCUGCAGUCCAUUCAGAGCUUUUGGACAAUGCAGCCAUUGUGAAGAAAAUACAGAGAGAAUUGGCCAGAAAGAUACGACAAACAGAACCUCUUCACAGAGAGCUUUUGGACACAAUGAAAAAAAGAGCCAGUAUUAACUUGCGAGAACAAACAGAGAUGCGGAGAGCCAAAACCAUCAUGGCUGCGGUCCAUUCAGAGCUUUUGGACACAAUGAAAAAAAGAGCCAGUAUUAACUUGCGAGAACAAACGGAGAUGCGGAGAGCCAAAACCAUCAUGGCUGCGGUCCAUUCAGAGCUUUUGGAAACAAUUAAAAAAAGAGCCAGUAUCAACUUGGGAGAACAAACGGAGAUGCGGAGAGCCAAAACUAUCAUGGCAGCUGUCCAUUCAGAGCUUUUGGACACGAUUAAAAAAAGAGCUGGUAUUAACGUACGAGAACAAACGGAGAUGCAGAGAGCCAAAACCAUUAUGGCAGCUGUCCAUUUAGAGCUUUUGAAUUCCAACUAUAUAUACAUGGCAAAAAUGAAGAUAACAGAUGAUGAAAGUGCUGAAUCAUUUGUACCCCGAAAGCUUUUUCUGUUCAACGUGGAUUUUUUUAAAGACAAUACUCAGAAUGCAAUGCAAAAAGAACCCGUGUCCAUUCCAAUGGCCUCUUCUGCACUGGCUUCAGAUGAAAACCAUGAACUUAUCAAAGAAAACGUAAGCUCACACUCUGUUAUCUAG